CCUGAGGCGAACUUCCGGUUUAUGGGGCUUUCUGCCCUCUGGCUUCAGAGUCCCCUGAGUGGGACAAGUUGAGGGAGGGCGGGUUUUUUUUUCCCCCUCCCCCUCGUCCCGGUGUUUCUGCCCCAUAGACCGACCUAUGGAGCCGCCUGGUCAGCCGAGAGGUCCCGGAUCCUACGGUUCCAUGGACGGGAUGGUCGACAAGCACAAGCUAGAUCAUGCAUACGAACUGACACCAGAAGAAUACAGAGUAAGCCGAGAAUGCAUUAGAGAAAGCUUCUUAUACAGAUGUUUGCCCUUCUCAGGUUUUGCCAUUAUGAUCACCCAUAUAUUAGUUCGUAAAGGAGUCCUUACAUCUCAUCCAAAGUUCGGCGCUGUACCAAAACUGACAUUUGCAGGAAUCUGUGGAUGGUUUGCUGGCAAGAUAUCCUAUAUAAAUGUAUGCAAAGAGAAAUUUAUGAACCUAAAGGAUUCCCCCUUGGGAGAAAUGUUGAAGAAUGAAUCACGAUCCAGAAGUCAGCGCUCUGAAUUUUCAAGAGCAUCCUCCUUUCCUGAAAGGGCACCAGCCACGGACACAGCACCGAGUUCGAAGUUCUAUGAACCAGUCCCGUUCAGUUCUUCCAUGAAUGAAUCUACUCCGAGCGGAAUUACAGACAGCAUCCCUCAAGAACCUGAGCCUCUGGAAGAAGCCCCUAAAAAGAAGAGAGUCACGUACGAAGAACUCAGAAACAGAAACAGAGAAGGACAUGAGGCUGGAACAAUGCAGAAAUCCGAACUCCGAACAAGCCCAUUACCAAUAAAGGAGAAAGCCAAGUUAAAUAAGUAUGGAGACGUUUGGGAAGAGUGAAAAUUUUGAACUUCCUCAAGACCCAUCUUUGCUUCAUUAUUUCAGCUUAAUCAGUGUUGGUCAAACGGCUGAACGUUCUACUGAGAAAUGGAAAUGUAAUACAGCUGCAAUAAAGAUGAUUUGUUUUCCAUUUUCA